UAACUACGUCAUUCUUCAACCCAGCAUAGGGAGUCGAGUUGGGAAUUCGGUAAUCAGUCGAUUGGAAGCUGUGUGAGCAAUAGGUUGCAUCCGAACAAUGUCCAAGUCGAAGCUAGCCGAACCGGCCUUUCUCCAGUACAGUGAGCUUGCCUCGGAAAGUAGUGGAGGACGCAUCUUGUUUGCCACCGAUGAUUGGUUUGCCCCGGCAGAAUGGAUGCUCAAGGAUUCGGAGCCAGUGUUCAUCGCUGACAAGUUCACGACCUUUGGCAAAUGGAUGGAUGGGUGGGAGACUCGCCGCAAACGGAUAGCCGGUCAUGAUUGGUGUAUUUUGAAGCUGGCCGCACCAACUAUUAUCAAGGGUGUGAUGGUUGAUACGGCUCACUUUACCGGGAACUACGCGCCUCGAUUUUCGCUCCAGGGUGCUAAGUUGAGCCAAUUCGAGGAAGAGAAAAUCCCAGAACGUGGACAAGAAAUGAUUGGCACUGGGUGUCGGGAGAAAGAUUUCCAACUGUUGGCCGACCUGGAAAGUGACCAUUGGACAGAGGUCAUUGGUAUGACUCCUCUCAAUCCUGGCUACGAAGAAACCAGAAAGCAUUAUUUUUCCGUUGAGGACAGAAAUGACGUGUUCACUCAUUUGCGUAUCAAUAUUUACCCUGAUGGAGGUAUUGCUCGGUUGCGCGUGUUUGGAGAAGUUCAACCAAACCUGGAUAUCCUUAGCGCGAGCAGUUUUCCCGUGGAUCUGCUUGGUAUGCUAAACGGAAGCCAAUGUCUGGGCUUCUCGAACGCUCACUACGGUCACCCAAGGAACGUUACCAAACCCAAACGGGGCAUCAACAUGGGCGAUGGAUGGGAAACAGCCCGACGACUCGAUCGGCCGCCCAUUCUUAAAACGGAUCGACAUGGCAUUCUCCAAGUGCCUGGUUGUGAGUGGGCCAUCUUUAAACUUUGCACCAAAGGCAUCAUCGAACAGAUACUGGUAGACACCAACCAUUUUAAGGGGAACUUUCCCGAUAACAUUCGCAUCGAUGGAACUCUUUUGGGGCCUAAACAAACGUUGCAAUCGGCCGUUUGGAAAACGGUGCUCGACUACAGCAAAUUGGGAGCCCAUAAGGAGCAUUUGUUUGGAAAGGAAAUCCUUACAUUUACAGGACCGUGUAGCCAUAUAAAAAUUACUAUUUCUCCUGACGGCGGUAUCUCCAGAGUAAGAGUGUUCGGAAAAGUGUUUUGAAAAACCCUAAACAUCGAGAGUUCAUAUGCUAUGAAAACGUUUCUAUUAUAAGGGGUUGUUGACUGUCGUGCUUAUCUGAUAAGAAUUACACACAAUUUUUUCGUUCGAUUAUGACAUUGCAACUCUUUACCAAUGUCACGGGGUGCUGGAAGUGUUUUUUGCGCUUUAAAAGAUGUGAGACAGUUUGGUGAUAAGGAUUAGUUGAUAGCAUAAUAAAUUUGAAAUUGUUAACAAAA